AUGAAACCUUGUAAACCUCUCUCUCUGGGUUAUGUCUUCUUUCCCCUGCUGCUUCUUCAGCAGGUCUGUGCUCAGUUCCCAAGAGAGUGUGUCACUGCUGACGCUUUGAGAAGUGGCAUGUGUUGCCCAGACCUGUCUCCUGUGUCUGGGCCUGGGACAGACCGCUGUGGCUCGUCAACCGGCAGGGGCAGGUGUGAGGUGGUGACUGCAGACUCCCGACCCCACAGUCCGCAGUACCCUCACGAUGGCACAGAUGACCGGGAGGGCUGGCCCACACGGUUCUUCAAUAGAACAUGCCACUGCAAUGGCAAUUUCUCAGGACACAACUGUGGGACAUGCCGUCCUGGGUGGAGAGGCACUGCUUGUGACCGAAGGGUUCUCAUAGUCAGGAGAAAUCUUUUGGACUUAAGUGUAGAAGAAAAGAACCGUUUUGUCCGAGCCCUGGAUAUGGCAAAGCGCACAACUCAUCCCCAGUUUGUCAUUGCCACCAGGAGAUCAGAAGAAAUACUGGGGCCAGAUGGCAACACACCACAAUUUGAGAACAUUUCCAUCUACAACUACUUUGUUUGGACACACUAUUACUCCGUCAAAAAGACUUUCCUUGGGAAAGGGCAGGAGAGCUUUGGUGAAGUAGAUUUCUCUCAUGAAGGACCAGCUUUUCUCACAUGGCACAGGUACCAUCUACUGCAGCUGGAGAAGGACAUGCAGGAAAUGUUGCAGGAUCCUUCUUUCUCCCUUCCUUACUGGAAUUUUGCAACUGGAAAGAAUGUCUGUGAUAUCUGCACCGAUGACUUGAUGGGAUCGAGAAGCAACUUUGAUUCCACUCUUAUAAGUCCGAACUCUGUCUUUUCUCAAUGGAGAAUAGUCUGUGAAUCCCUGGAAGAUUAUGAUACCCUGGGAACCCUUUGUAACAGCACUGAAGGUGGGCCCAUUAGGAGAAAUCCAGCCGGAAACGUGGCUAGACCAAUGGUGCAACGUCUUCCUGAACCACAGGAUGUCACUCAGUGCUUGGAAGUCGGUUUAUUUGACACACCUCCUUUUUACUCCAAUUCUACAAAUAGCUUCCGAAACACAGUGGAAGGUUAUAGUGAUCCCACAGGAAAGUAUGAUCCUGCCGUUCGAAGCCUUCACAAUUUGGCUCAUCUCUUUCUGAAUGGAACAGGGGGACAAACCCAUUUAUCUCCAAAUGAUCCUAUUUUUGUCCUCCUGCAUACUUUCACGGAUGCAGUCUUUGAUGAAUGGCUGAGGAGAUACAAUGCUGAUAUAUCCUCAUUUCCACUGGAAAAUGCCCCUAUUGGACAUAAUAGACAAUAUAAUAUGGUGCCAUUCUGGCCACCAGUCACCAGCACAGAGAUGUUUGUUACUGCUCCAGACAACCUGGGAUAUGCUUAUGAAGUACAAUGGCCUAGUCGGGAUUUUAGUAUUUCGGAGAUUGUUACCAUAGGAGUAGUUGCUUCUCUAGUAGUGGUUGCGGUCAUUUUUGCUGGUGCGUCUUGUCUGAUUCGUGCCAGAAGCCACAUGGAUGAAGCAAAUCAGCCUCUCCUCUCUGAUCACUAUCAACACUAUACUGAUGAUUAUGAAAAAAUUCAGAAUCCUAAUCAAUCUGUGGUCUGA